AUGGCUGCCGUAGGCCACUCCUUCACGCGGGAAGAGGUCCGCGAUCACACCUCGGACGACUCCCUCUGGUGUGUGAUUGACAGCACGGUCUACGACCUCACCGACUUCGUCGACGCCCACCCAGGCGGCGAGUCCGUUCUCAAGCAGAUAGCCGGCCAGGAUGCCACCACCGCUUUCUACAACCUCCACCGCCACGAGGUCCUCGCCAAGUACGCCGACCUCGCCAUCGGCACCAUCCAGGACGAGAAGCCCCAGGUCAUCAACCCACAGCCCGGUGACCUUUGUCCCGUCCCCUACUCAGAGCCCCUCUGGCUCACAGCCCCCUUCCGGACCCCCUACUACAAGGACUCCCAUCGCCGUCUGCAAAGGGCCGUCCGCGAGUUCAACGACCGCCAUCUCACACCAGAGGCCCAUGAGUGCGAGAGGACGGGCGACUUCAUCAGCCAGGGGAUGAUCGAGCACAUGAGCCGGCUGGGGAUCCUGCACAUGCGUCUGGGGCCCGGGAAGCACCUCCACGGCGUGGAACUGAUGGGCGGGGCCGUCAAGGGCGAGGAGUUUGACUAUUUCCACGACCUGAUCAUCUCGCAGGAGCUGUGCCGGCCAAUGGCCCGCGGGUUCCAGGACGGGAACAUGUCCGGGAUGACGAUCGGUCUCACAGCAGUGCUCAACUUCUCUAGGAACCUGGAGUGGAGGAACAGGAUCGCGGACGAGGUAUUCAGCGGGCGGAAGAAGCUGAGCCUGGCUGUGACUGAGGCUUUUGCCGGUUCAGAUGUUUCUGGGCUAAGGACGACGGCAGAAAAGACACCUGAUGGGAAGUAUUAUAUCGUAAACGGUACCAAAAAGUGGAUUACGAAUGGCCUUUGGUCCGACUACUUCGUCACUGGCGUUCAGACUGGCAAAGGCUUGAGUGUACUCCUUAUCGAACGAGGCGAGGGUGUCGAGACCAAACCCAUAAAGACGUCGUACUCGCCAGCAGCUGGCACAGCCUACGUCACGUUCGAUAAUGUCAGAGUUCCCGUCGAGAACCUGCUUGGCGAGGAGCACCAGGGAGCUCGAGUUAUCCUCAGCAAUUUCAACCAUGAACGAUGGGCCAUGUCCUGCAGCGCCAUCCGUAACGCCAGAGUCAUCGUCGAAGAAUCAUUAAAAUGGGCUAACCAACGAAUCUUGUACGGCAAAAGGUUAAUCGACCAAGCAGUCAUCCGCCAAAAGCUCGCCAAAAUGAUCGCGCUGGUAGAAGCAAACCAGUCGUGGCUCGAGACCAUCACCUACCAGAUGUGCCACAUGCCCUACGCCGAGCAGGCCAAGCACCUCGCCGGGCCGAUCGCCAUGCUCAAGAUGAGCUGCACGCGCGCCUGCCACGAGAUCGCAGACGAGUCCGUACAGAUCUGGGGCGGGCGCGGCCUGACCCAGACGGGCAUGGGCAAGCACAUCGAGAUGUUCCAGCGCACAUACAAGUUCGACGCCAUCUUGGGGGGCGCGGAGGAGGUCCUUGCCGACCUUGGGGUCAGGCAGGCGAUGAAGAACUUCCCCAAGGCAAGGCUAUAA